ACGACUGACAGUAGUGCGAGCCAAGAAAACGAGUGAGACUCCGCCAAUGUAUAAAAUUGACUCGCGUAAAAAAUAGCUAACCAAAUACAUAAAUAUACAAAGCCAAAAAAAAAUAAGUAUGAAAAGAAAUCAUUGCUAGACUGCCAUAUAAGGUUAAAUAUUCAAAUGAUGUUAUUCCGAAAUAUUAUUACUUAAGCAAAACGCGAAAACGUGACAAUCGAAUAGCAAAAAAUGCUGCAUUUCACAAUUAGAAGUGUGUGAAAAUGUAUUGCGAAGUUGGUAAGAAUUGAGUGCAAGUAGGUAAAAGCCGAGGGAAAUUUUCAAGGACUCGUCGGGACAAUCCACAUACACACGCACGCACACAUGCGAUCUAGUUAGAAAAGGUGACAAGCAGCAGCACCCUAUGUGUUCAAAAUAGUGUUAAAAAACAAGCAAACCAAACAUAUAAACAGAUUUUUAUUUGUGUACAAUUUUCGUGUAUUUGCGUCCACCAGACAUACUACACAGAAGACGGCAGAGCCAGACGAAACGUAAAAGUUGCCAAAACAAAGCAAAGUAAAAGACGAAACAACUGACUAAUUGAAAGCGUGCUGCAGGCGAAAGUAGAAGUCGUGAGUGCAAUUGAUAACAAAUUAUCCGACGGAAAUGCACUUCUGGAUAGACAAACGCUCACAGCAAUGUGGUUUUGGGAGAUCGCGAGUUGCAGCCUCACUCUCCGGUGCCGGCGGAUCCGGUGUGGGUCUCAGUUUUGGCCAUCCACCGCGUCGAAUUAGCGGCGGCAGUGGCAAUAAAGCGAGCAGUAGAAGCAACGUACUGCCAGACUGUCAUCACAGCACUGCCGCCAGCACCAGUCGCAGCCAUCAAUAUCAGCAGCCGCAAUUGCAACACCAUCAUCAACUGCAGCAGCAUCAGCAACAACAGUAUGCCAAUAACAAUAAUAAUUUCAACAGCGGCAACAAUUGUCAACAAUCAAAUACGCACAGCAGCAAUAGUAGCAAUUAUACAGGUAAUAUUAGCACCGCCAAUGCAACAGCCUCAGGCGCCGCAAUGCAAUCGACCACAUCGGCGACGCUUAAUAACAAUCCCCACCAGUACACCUACCAGCAGACGCAUCAGCAUGGCAGCGCUCCAGUGCAGACCCAUCAUGCGUCUGGCAACAACAAUUUAAUGAAUAACAAUAACGCCAGCACAUCUACGUCCACGGCCACGGGCAGCGAUGUACGCGGCACUACACCAGCAACGCAAGAUUUGAACCAACGAGCGGGCGCACUACUACAAAGCACUGCAGACACACCGCACACACCACUGUAUCAGCAACAUCUCAAUCAAUGCUAUGAUAUGCGCAGCUAUCAUCAUCCUCAGUUCGGCAAUAUGUCCGUGCGACACUAUCAAUAUUCGGGCAGGAAUUGUAAUGUGCCAACGCACGCCAACUCAAAUCCCCCGACACAUGCAUAUCGUAAUGGCAAUAACAGCGGCGCACGAACAAUAGUUGGUCCUACUCAUUCGCAGCACAUGGACCCAAUGGCAUAUCGACAGCAACAUGGUUACAGUCACAUUGCGACAGCGUGCGCUCAGUCGAAUGAGUCUAUAAUGGGCGGAUCCGCGCCCAUUUCCACUAAUACCACGAAUACAGCGAGCUACGCGGUAGCUAACACAGCGCAUCGCUACAGUUCGGCAGCUUUAAAUAUGCGCACCAGCAACAUGACGGUAGAUGCGAACGGUGGAGACGCUCAGCUGCUACCUUCACACCUUAAAUGUGGCAUGUGUGCGUCGUUAGUGCUGGCCUCCGUCUUUGUGGCGGGCGCAAAAUUUUAUUUCGACCAUCAGGGUACCGGUUUGGAAGUGUUGAUAUUUUGUGCUUUCUCUGCAACUUUCUUCUUGGCCGCCUGUACCGUUUCACUGUGUCGUGUACCAAAAGGACUAUUGCCAAGCGGGCGCAAUGCAGUGUUGGGCGCGCAACAGCAUGCUGAUGCCGAAAGCGCUAUACAUUAUACGCGUCCACCGUACGGUAGACGUGAUAUCGUGAAUGCUGAUGGUAGUAGUGAAUUAGUUGGUUCGGAUGAUAUACAUGGCGCACCUUUGUGUGGCCAGUUGCAAUUGAUUGAGGAUUCGGCAAGCGCCGGUCCACCACCAUAUCAUAUAGCAAUAUACUUUCCAGAGACAGAGAGCAAUGGAAAGGGCAAAGACGCACCGAUAGAUGACGAAUCACCGCCGCCGUCCUAUGAUAAAAUACUUAUCUAA